AUGGCGAGCGCUGAAGAGCAAAAUCUUGUGCGAAAGGUUCAAUUCCAGUUAAACGAAGCUUUGGAAUGUCAAGAGGAGAACAAAGAAGUUCCUCGAGUCAAAAUAUUAAAUGAUCAAAAGAAUCUGAAUUCUUUCAAUAAAAGCAAGAAAGAGAAACUGAUUGAAGAACAGUUGAAUAAAGAACUUCCAAAACAGUCGGAGUUUGAACAGAAAAAAGGUAACAAUUAUUUUAAAUUAUAAUUUUUUAUGAAAAAAUUGUAACAUUUUCAAUUUUUUCCCUGUCCGUUGCUAUGCAACUAUCCCUUCGCUAGCUCUAUUCGCGCGCGCUCAUCUUCCACAUAAUUAUAUAGUCUAUUUUUGAUUUGAACAAAUGUUUAAACUAAACAAAAUUCAAAAUCUUUCAACUGUAGAAAAAAGCUUAACAUUUACCUGUGCGAAAGUUGGCAAAUGUUUAGUGAAGGAUAACAUUGAAUCUCCUGAAGAAUCUGCAGAUAAUCCAAGUCUGCAGACAUCUGAUGAGUCUUCCAGUAUUCCAAUGUUAGAAGCAAAGGCUGAGGGAGCUCCGAUGUUUCACCCAGCGUCAUUUGGGCAAAAAUCUGUGACAAAAUAUGUUGAUAACAAGCUUGGAGCAGUGGUACUUGAGGGAGACGACAUCAAACACUCCGACAACUUUCCUCGUGGUGGCAAAGAAAACUCUGUAGACGAGUGUCUUUAUGGAGAAGAGUUGAGCAGCAAUGACGUUCACGAAGUCCCGAUGUGGACUAUUCCUGAGUUUAUCAUUGCGCUUUGCGGUGAUAAUCAACUACCAAUCCAGAAACGACCACAAACUGAAUUCGAAACUGUUGACAGUGAUGUGGAAUGGCUGGUGAGAAAGAAUCUGCAGAUGUUGAAUCCUGGAACUAUGGCUGUCUUAUUCCAUCGUGUGAACAUACCUGUUCCAAUUUGCAAAACAUUGACAACGUCAGCAUACCCGGAACUGAGGUGAACUCCACUCAGGUGUCGAGUGUCGGGUCUCCACUUGGGUGUGAGGGGCCUCGCUUUGGGUAUAGAGACAUUGGAAGUGUUUUGCCGUUGGAGCAGGUGUUUACUGACAGUCCUCCACCAGUUGGGAUCGUGGAGAAAGUUACUCGGGAUUCCGUUGAUGCAGAAGUGGAGAAGAAUAAUGUUGAAGAUAAAAAAUUACUGGUUAUGAGGUAAGUAUAGAUAGAUCUGAAGAUUUAUAGGAUCGUUGAACGUUUUAUCUAAUUAAGGCCGAGACACCGGACGCGAAUCGACAACGCGGUGCGAUUUUUCAGGUUUUGAAAGUUAAUAAAUCAGCCAAUGAAAGGAAAUUUUAAAAGAUAUGUAGACCCAAUAACUCAAAAUGUUCCAUAGCGCUUCUUAAAUAGUUGGAAAACUUAAACCAGGAUCAAAGUUAUCGGUCAUUGAAAAUCGAAAAAUCGGGCCGCGUUGUCGAAUCACGUCCUGUGUCUCGGCCUGAAGGCGAUAUUCCACAGAACGAUUUUCGACGACGAUUUGUCAUGAAAAUGACGAGUUACACGAAAUUUGAUCUGUUCGGCAAAGCGCUGCGUUACCGCGAAUCGUCUUGAAAAUUAUCCUGUGAAACAUUGUCUUAAUCUGGAUCAUUUUGUUUGCGACUACCGCAAUAUAGUCUAACUGUCGGCAAAAUGUCCUCACAAGAACACUCGGCAAAUUAACAACAAAGGAAUGCUGCAUUUUUAAAAGCGAUACGAUUAUUUCUCACAGGGUAAAUCGACGAAUACCGCAAAGACACAAGUAGUAAUCACUACGCAAGGGCACGGUGACGCUGAAAACCUUCCACAUGUUUACGCUAAAGUAAUAAUUUUGAACGAAAAGAAAUUAAAGAUGACGACCUUUAUAAACCCAGAAGACAUGUUGAAGUAUUUAACCAUCAUGUUUCGCUCGUUACCUGUGUUGCGUUUGAAAGCAAGAGCCGCUAGAGGACUGGGGCGAAAUAAACGAAAACAAAGAUGGCGGCCAGCACGAAGUGAAACUAAAGUAAAGAAACAAAUUAUUUAG